GUUCAGUUGCGGCAGUUUCAAACCUGGAUCCGCGGACUCAGUUGUUAUGAAGCUACCGUUGAUUUAACCAGAGACGUUCCUGAGCAUUUUUGCUAUAACGUACAUUCACCACUACACACGUCCAACGAGCCAUUUUCCUAACAAAUCUGCUGAAGAGAAGAGACUUAAGUCUGAUUGAAAUGGAAGAAGGAGAGACCGUAUCGAUACCUUCCAGAAAAGAGCUGCGUAAGCAGAAGCUGAUGGAAUACUUGGCAGGAAAAGGAAAGCUGAAACCGCCCAACCCUAAGCCAUACCUCCGUGAUGACUGCCAAGUUAAGAAUCCUAUCAUGUCUACACAGGUUGUUAAUGGAAAAGAGAACAAGGCUCCAGCUGACAGAUUAAGAUAUGAAAGUACAAAAAGUCAAAACACUCAAUCCGCAAAACAUCCGGCCAAAGGUGCAUUUGGUAUCGCAAACAAGGUGAAUGUAAAAGGCAAAAUCCUGACUGUACGACAGAAUACCAAUCGUCCAUCUGCAACCUCUGGCGUUGCACAGGCAAAACUUAAACAAAACCCUGUGCUGACAACAACGUACAAUGCUGUAUCCUCCAAAUCCAACCUUAUCGCAGCCAGCCACCUCAAAAAGCAGCCAAACACCAGAAAACCGCCUUCAGCCAAAAACUCAGUGAGUACAGCUGUAACAAAAUCAAACAGCAAAUUUGGCGGCAGCUCGAAUGCUACCUGGUCAUGUCAAAUGAAGACAAACAGCGUCAGGAUGAGUCUUGGCCCUAUGGUCAAAACAAAAACUGGACUCAUUCCUACAGUGAUUCAGCCAAGAAACAGUCAGAAUUUAACACACACCUCUUCAACAGCCGCUCAUACGAACACCGCCACCACAGCUUCUGUUGCUAACAAGGUGAGAUCCAGCACCUCAUCAUCAGUUUCCGUUUCCCAGAGGUCUGACCUGGCUGAGAGGAGAACACUACCUACCACUGCUCUAAAUAACACAGAGAGAACAAGAGCUGGAUUUCGAAUUCAAAAUCAGAACAUGACUAACUCUAAACCACUUUUGGGUAAACCGCCAUCUUAUAAGACUCAGCUAUCAUGUGGACUGAAAUCAGUGUCCACCUCCUCCAAAUACGCAGCUAUUAGACCAGAAGGGAGAGUAGGGAUGUCAAAAUCUGUUAAAUCGAGUGGUCAACCUACAGUCACUUCCACAAAGCAGACAGGGCAAAGAAAGGGCCAACAAUGCAAAGUCGUCCCCCCUACAGUCAUAGGGGUUACAAGAGCUGCUGUGGCUGAGCUGGCAGUGAAAUCUAAGACAUGCAAAAAGACAGAUGAUAAGAAGGGACACAUUUCAGCAAAUGCCCCUCCACCACAAGCAGGUUUUAAAAGAACAAGCGCUCCAGUGGUGUCCCAGACAGUGCCACGGGCUGGUAGGACCAUCAGCCACACCAAUCAGGCCACACUCACGAAGACUCCAAAGUUCCCGGUCAGGGUCAUUCCCCAGACGGAGGGAAAAAAACUGACUGCUGCCCAGGAGGAACGAAUGAAAAAGCUGCAAGAAUGGCGGGAAGCUAAGGGUAUUUCCUACAAGCGUCCCCCGAUGCCGGUGAAACCUGCGGUCAGGCUCACUGUCGCCAUGCACCAGCCUUUCUGGGGCCCCAUGAUUGAGGAAGACGAGGUCCAUUCCCUCAUCUCUGCCGUGGACAGAUCCCUGGCUGACUGCAUCAUAUUGCUCGCAAAGGGCUGCCCUCCGGAGCAGGUGAAGGGGGUCCUCUCACGGCUGCCGGCUGUGUCCAAGAAGUUUGCCAAAUACUGGAUCUGCCAGGCCCGUCUGAUGGAGCAGGAGGGCAACAUGGAGGUCCUGCCAAUGUUCGAAGAGGCUGUUGGCGUUGUGCUGGAGCCAGUGGACGAGCUGCGGACUGUGGUGUUUGAGAUUCUCAAGAGAAAGGAAGAGAUCCAAGGUAGUUGGCAAAUGAGCCUUAUGGAUGUGAACUAUGCGUUUUUUGAGAACAGUACUGACAACUUUUCAGAGGAUUCUGGAGACUUUGGAGAUGAGCCAUGUGGCCGAGCGCUCAGCAGCAACCUCAGCAAGAUCUUCCUGCCGACCAUUGACGGAAUUAUAUUCGUCCUCGGAGUCAUUGGCAAUGAAUUAGUGGAUUAUGUUGUUAUUUUCCUCAGUGGCCCUCCGAGCCAACAGAAGGAACCGGUGAGGGUGAAUGGCCAGGAGGUUCGCUUCUUCACUCCAGUCAGACGCUCGGUGCGAAUCGAAAGAUCCUCCCUCCGAUACCCGGCGUCUCUCCAGGAGCAUGACCUCUGCGUGUCCUCCUACGCUGACCUUAUCUCAGAGGAGGAUGCUGAUAGGAGUGAGGAGCAGGAGGGAGGGGAAACCAGCCCGUCGGCAGUCAACACGCCCAUGUAUGUCUACAGACAGAACGAGGCGCUUGAAGACAAGGUGUUCGUCAAGUUGGUCUACGAUGAAGACGUCUGA